GCAGGAAUUUGUUGUUUUAUUUUAAUUUAUUAACCAUGGAAGAAGUAAAGUUUUGGAAAAAAGAUUUUGUGAUUGAUAAUGAGGAAGCAUGUUUGCUCAAAUUGAAUGAAUUAUCAUUUGAAGAAAGAAAGCCAUUAAGAGAAAAUCUGAAGUUAAAUGAAAUCAAUAAACUUGUGUGCCUAAUCGGAAUGAUCACAGACAGUAAAGAACCGGAAUAUUAUUGCAAAAAGUAUAAAUUGAAAACUAAGGAUGGUAGCAUUCGCUAUGAAAAUGGAAAAUUCUCCGAUAAAAUGAGUUUCGAAAUGGAUGAAACACCAGAAGAAAUGGAAAAGAAUUUGGAUGAACGGAAAAUCUUUUUGGUCGCAAGUCAUUCAUCAACAAAUGAUUGGGUUAACGAUAUAAAUCAGGCUACAAAUGAAAGUAUCGGAAAUAAAAGAAAAAUUGAUGAUGAUAUUAAGAUAAAACACGACACUUACACGGUUAAGGCUUAUGAAAACGUAGAUCUUCCUAUCAAUAGCUUGGUCGAAAUUAUUGGAUUUUUAUCUGUCCAACCUGAGAAAUCGACUACUGAUCCUCCCAUGGAAACUGAUGGAUUUGGUGAUGAAAAUAACGACAACAUUAGCAAAUUUAUAAUUCAUGCCAUGAAGAUCAAGGAACUUCCUCACAAUAAUCCAUUGAUGGAUAAAGAUGCAAGUAAUGAGGAAGACAUCAUUCAGGAAUCCCAGUGCGAAGAGAUUCGAAAAGAUUUACUGAAAAUUCUAACUCACUUUAUGUUUGGUGACGAGACUGCAGCUGAGUUCUUACUUUGUCAUUUGAUAGCCAACAUUUAUGCUCGCACAAAUGGAGAAGUUCUUGGAAAGUUUUCCAUCAAUUUAACUUGUCAGGAGAUUUCAAAUAACAUCUUGUCAGAUCAUAUUACAAAAUUCUACAACUUUCUAGAAACAUUAGUACCAAAUUCUGUGUAUUUUCCCCUCACAAUUGAUAAUUUCAACAAAACAUCUUUUGUACCUACGAAAGAUUAUUCGUCUAAUCGACUCCAAACUGGCUUAUUGCAAUUGCCAAAGCAUACUCAUCUGGUACUCGAUGAAACUAAAUUGGAAAAUGGAAAACUAGAACAAUCAGGAUGUCUCGCUGUAGCUGAACUCACUGAAUUCAUAAAAUUGCAACAAGUAAAUUAUGAUUUUAAGUUCUAUAAAAUUCCAUUUGAAACAAACAUUCAUGUAAUGAUUUGGAGUGAAGGAAAAUCAUUGUUGCCAUGUGAUUACAUUGUGCCAAUUAAGAUAAGUGAUCAGGAAUCACUUCGUCUUGUCAAUGAAAAUAUCGCUGCUGGCAUGCAUUUCAUUAAACCUAAACUUAACAUCAUUCGCCGUUAUUUGACUGAUUGUCGUCUCAAGAACUUUGAAAUUGCUGAGGAAGAAACAAAAAUGAUUGAGAAUGAUUUCGUAAAGAUGCGUGAAGAAAAGAAUCUUGAAGUUGAGCAACUUCAUUCAUUGCUUGUUUUAUCAAGAUUGAUUGGAAUAUCAAAAGGGAACAAGAAACUAAGUGUAUCUGCAUGGGAAGCUGCAAAAGCACUUGAAAUGAAAAGAACAGAACGAAUCGUGAAAAAAAAAAUGUUGAUUAAAGAAUAUCGAAUACCGCUUCCGUUGACAGUCGAAGAGUAUCGAAUUGCGCAACUCUUUAUGAUUGCUAAAAAAAGUCGUGAAGAGAGUAAAGGACAUGGAUCUGGUGUUGAGAUUAUAGUGAAUGAACCAUAUGAAGAUGGUCCAGGAGGGAAAGGUGGACAAUAUACGAGAAAGAUUUAUCAUGUUGGCAGUCACUUGCCAGGUUGGAUUAAGGGACUCUUACCUAAAAGUGCCCUCACUGUUGAAGAAGAAGCGUGGAAUGCUUAUCCGUACACAAAGACUCGUUACACUUGUCCAUUUGUAGAAAAGUUUUCUCUCGAAAUUGAAACUUAUUACUUUCCCGAUGAUGGUCAUCAAGACAAUGUGUUUAAGUUGAGUGGCGGUGACUUAAGAAAUCGUAUUGUUGAUGUCAUUGACAUUGUUAAAGAUCAGCUGUAUGGUGCUGAUUAUGUUCGAGAAGAAGAUCCAAAACUUUUCGUGAGUGAGAAAACAGCACGCGGUCCACUUAAUGAAACGUGGCUUGAAGAUCAUUGGAAUGAAGUGAAAGGAAAAUCGCAGCCGACAUCGAAGAACAUGUCGUUAAUGUGCGCUUAUAAAUUGUGCCGUGUUGAAUUCCGCUAUUGGGGUAUGCAAACAAAACUGGAGAAGUUUAUUCACGAUACAGCGCUUAGGAAAACAAUGGUGCGAGCGCAUCGUCAGGCAUGGGCGUGGCAGGAUGAAUGGCACGGAUUAACGAUGGACGAUAUUCGUGAGAUUGAAAAGCAAACGCAAUUAGCACUUCAAAAGAAAAUGGGAAAUGACGAUGGAAGUUAUGGCGAGGAAGAAGAUGACGUUUUGACUGUUGAAAUUCCAGAACAAAGUGCUUCGGAUAAUGCGAGUCGUCAGUCAAAUCAAUUCAAUUCAAUCGAGAAAACGGAAGAAAAUUCAACGCCGAUGAUUAUGAAACGAAAUCCUGUGCCAAUCGUCAAUGCAAUUGCAGCAAGUGCCGAUGUUAGUUCUGAUGAUGAUGAAGAUGAAACUGCUAUGAAAAGAAUUGAAGAGAAGCAACAGGUUGGUGGUGGAAAACGUUUCAGUGGAACGAUGAAUUCUCGUCUUCAAGGCUCGAAAGGUGCACUUCCAUCACCAAUAGGAUCAGCAAAUAGCUUUGACUUGCAGGUUGCCAAUUGGCGAAUGGAGAAACUCGAAGUUGACUCAAAGUCUGGUUCUGAAGAAGAAUUCUACGAUUGUCUCGAUAUGAGUGAAUCAACAACUUUAACUAAAUGGAGCUCAUUAGAAUUAUUAGCAGAAGAGGAUGACUCAUCGCCACCGCAAACAGCAAAGAUUCAAGAAGACACGAUUUUCUCGCAUGAUUAUCUGAAACGUGUAGCAUCAGAAAGGGGAACACGACGUCGUCUUGGGCCGUCACCAAGCAUAGAACGAUCGCAUUCAAGGGAUUCACCUCCAGGCUCUCCAGGACCUUCAUCAUGUGCCACCUCGGUUUUAAUUCUCGUCUUUCAUGCUGGAAGUUGUUUAGAUGCAAAUUCUGAUUUGACUGCUAAGAAAAGUGACGUGACGACAUUCCGUGGUGCAAUGGAAUCAGUGGCACGUCAACAUUAUCCGUCACUCGUUGGACAUUUUGUGAUAAAACUUGUGUCAUGCCCUCCUGUUUGUACUGACGCUCUCGGCAUCUUAUCAAGUCUUUCACCAUACUCAUUUGAUGCGUCACCGUCACAAAUUGAUGUCCCAAGUUUCACAGACAUUCCAAUUGGUGCCAUUCCAUUGCUAACAACAUGCACGCAAGAUUUUGUUGAUGCUGUUAAUCGCUCUGUUGGACAAGCAAAUCAAGUUUAUGGAGAAUUUUUGAAGUCUGAAGAUGGUCGUGGAUUUAAUGGGCAAGUUGUUGUUAUUAGUGAUUCAAUCGGUUCAAUCUUAGCUCACGAUGCCCUUUGUCGUUCAACUCGUCGUGGAAGUGACAGUAGUGGAAUGGACCACAUGGAAAUUGAACAUAAUGAUCUCGAUGCUAAUCGUCUUUUAAUGGCACCAUCACCACGACGUCGAUCAUCAUCAACAAGCGAAAAUCGUUUACCAAAACUAGAUUUUGAAGUUGGUGACUUUUUCAUGUUUGGUUCGUCACUUUCAGUUAUUCUUGCAUCACGUCGAUUAAUGGAUUCGAAAUUGGGUGCAACACGACCGCAAUGUAGUCAAGUUUAUAAUUUAUUCCAUCCAACCGAUCCAAUAGCAGCUCGAUUAGAGCCAUUAAUAAGUGCACGAUUCAGUAUGCUCUCUCCAGUUAAUAUCCCUCGUUAUGCGAAGUAUCCACUUGGCAAUGGUCAACCAUAUCAUCUGUUAGAACUUAUUCAUACAAGUCCACAUAUGUUUAGUGAUUUGCCAGCACCACGACGCUCAUCAGACACGAGCAUUCAAUCAAAUAUUUCUGGUCUAAUUGAUAAUGUUCCGUUGACAACAAUUCAACAUCUUCAACAUCGAUGGUGGGGAAAUAAACGACUCGACUUUGCACUUUAUUGUCCUGAAGGUUUAUCAAACUUUCCAGCCCAUGCUCUUCCCCAUCUCUUUCAUGCAAGUUAUUGGGAGAGUUCUGAUGUUAUUGCCUUUAUUUUACGACAAAUUGGACGGUUCGAUAUGAAUGCAUUAGCAGGUGGUGACGAUGGAAAGGAAGGAAGUUCGUUUAAGCCUGGACAACCGAGGGAAAAGUGGAAUAAGAAAAGAACGAGCGUUAAAUUGAAGAAUGUUGCAGCAAAUCAUCGUGCAAAUGACGUCAUUGUGAAAGAAGGCGAAGCACAAAAGUUAACAGCAAGAUUCAUGUAUGGACCUUUAGAUAUGAUAACGUUAGCUGGCGAGAAGGUUGACAUUCAUAUUAUGAAAGAUCCACCAGCAAGUGAAUGGACUUUACUUUCAACUGAAGUGACUGAUAAAACGGGAAGAAUUAUUUACACGAUACCAGAUGGAAAGUCUGUCGGUUAUGGAAUUUAUCCGGUGAAAAUGGUCGUACGUGGUGACCACACAAGUGUCGACUUCUAUUUGACUGUCGUCCCACCAAGAACGGAAACUGUUGUGUUCUCAAUUGACGGUUCUUUCACAGCUUCAAUGUCAGUGACAGGAAGAGAUCCGAAGGUUCGUGCUGGAGCUGUUGAUAUUUGUCGACAUUGGCAAGAGUUGGGAUAUUUAUUAAUUUAUAUCACCGGACGACCUGACAUGCAACAACAACGUGUCGUAUCAUGGCUUAGUCAACAUAACUUUCCUCAUGGUUUAGUGUCGUUUGCUGAUGGAUUAUCAACAGAUCCUUUGGGUCACAAGGCGGCCUAUUUAAAUAAUUUAAUACAAAAUCAUGGACUUGAAAUUCAUGCAUGUUAUGGCAGCAGUAAAGACAUCAGCGUUUAUACAAGCAUUGGACUGAAGCCGAAACAAAUUUACAUUGUAGGAAAGGUCGCUAAGAAGCUGCAAUCACUCGCAACGCCAUUAACUGAAGGUUAUGCAGCUCAUUUGAAUAAUCUCAUGGCUCAUGGCGGAUCACGCCCAGCACAAGGAAAUCAAAGGAUGAUUAUUCCACGUGGUUGUUUUAAUUUGCCGGGUGUAACGCCAUCAAUGCGACGAAGAAGCAAUGAAACUCUUGCAAUGUCAUCACCGGUACCUGGGAAUAUCAAGACUGUUUAUCAAUCCUUCAAAAAACAAAAGAAUAACAUAACCGACUCUGACCCUACAAAGAGAAUGAUUCAAAUAUUUUACAAAGUAAAAGAACAAACAUAUGCAUUUCUCCGGUAAGAAAUGAAAUGACAUGAAUUGACAAAAAUAAAAAUAUGAAAUUGUGCAAUAAAUUGACAGACGCGACAUAAUAUUAAUAUGUAUUUAAUUGUUGAGCAAAGAAAUUAACCUUUCGAAAAAAUAAAAAAUAUAUCUAUUAAUGUUUUUGUUAUCAGUUGAGCUUUAGGCUUUUUAAACCUGCAUUUAACAAAAGAGAGAAUUUGAAAAACGAUAUUGAAAAAAAUUAUGAAAAAAAAGUUCACUAAAGUUUAGAUUUACAAAAAUUUAAAUGGAAGAAAAUGAAAAGCUCGACUUUUAAUAUUUGAUGUCGAUUCGAGAAGUCGCCAAAAGAAAACUUUACUCGUAAAUCUUCAUUUUCUUCAAACGAAAAAGAAAAUUCCACUGUGGAAAAAAGAAAUUCUAAAAAAAAAUCUAAAACUUUUUUCAUCUCACAAUACGUUUUCCUCCUUUUCUCCUUUCACUCUCUAAAAAUAUCUUUUUUCGAAUGACUCAAGAAAGAAAGCUCGUUUUAUAAAGUUUUAUACGAAAAUGUGGAACAUUAAUGGAUGGUCGAAAUCUUGAAAAGAUUUGGUUUAAGAUUAAUCCUGGGAUUAUCUCUAAGUUGGAUUAGGGAAGAUGAAUUUGAAGAAACUUUUAAAUUAUUUUCAUAUUUAUCUCAAGUCCAAUAAAUUACUGGAGAAGUUUUCAUAAAUUACUCACUUAAAUAUACUACAAUUCAUCAUGCUUUGCAUAAAAAGAAGAUGAAUUUGGAAAAUGUUUAAUUUUGUGCCAACAAAGGUCAAGGGAUGUGAAAUUAUAUUUUGGGAUCAAGACAAUUAAUCACGAGAAAAUUUAAUGAAUUUACUUUAUUUACAAAAAUAUUUUUAUUUCAAAGGAAACUUGGUAACUUUUCAGAGGAAAAAUAUAUUAUUUUAAAUUAUUAAUCAAUGAAUAUGACUGGAAAGAACAAGACGCAAUUUAUGAACUCAUCUCAUCUCCACUUUCCCAAUUCUAUUACUCUUAUUAAGUUAAGUAAGUUAAAAUUGGAAAAAAAAAUAAAAUCUGGUGAUAGUUAUAAAUAAAAGGGAAUAAAAAAAUUAUAAUUAUAAUCAAAACCCAAUAAGAAAACAUGGGAAAUAAAAUUAAAAUAAAAUAACGAAAAAAGAGUUGAUAUUAAAUAAAAAUGAAAACUACUCGAUGGAUUAAAUGUGUUUUUUGCUGAUAAGAAAGUUUCUUCAGGAAAAUCGAUGUAAUAGUUUUAGAUAUUUGGAAAGAAGGAAAACUUUUCUCCAUAUCUUCCAUUAAUGUUUUCAAAAAUGAAAGAAAAUUGUGUUAGGAAAAGUAUUAAAAAAUUUGGGACAAUCGGAGAAAAAAUUAUAUUUUAUUUGUUAAAUUAAAAGAUUUCCACAGACCAUGAAUUUCCAUCCAACAAAGAUCUUUUAUGAAAAUUAUUUUUGAUCUUCUUCACUGAGGCAUUUGAGUUAUGUUUCAUCAUAUGCGAAUGUUUUAGAUAUAUGUAAAAUAUUCGCAUAAUAUGAAAUUUAACCAACAUGCGAACAAUAUUUUUUCGCAUAUUUUAAGUAGAAUUAAUUUAUUAUGGUGAAAGAUAAGUUUAAAAGUAACAUAAAUCAGUUAACUGGAAAUAUCCUUUUAUAAUUGCCAAGCAAAAAUUGCGGAAAUAACUGAAAAUAAAAUGGAAAAUAUUUAUUGUU